AUGGAGGUGGAAGUAGUGGUGUUGGAGGGUGGUGGUCGUAGUGGCAGCGAUAGUAGUGGUGGCGACGGUAGGGGUGGUGGCGGCGCACGUGACAAUGUGAAGAGUGGUGGAGGCAGUGGUGGCGGUAGUGGCGCGAGUGGAGGAUGCAUAUGGAGAUGGUGGUGGUGGAGAUUGGUGGUGGUGGUGGAGGCGACAGAGAUGAUGAUAGCGGCGGUGGUGAUUUUGGUGGUGGUGGUGACAUGGGUGGAGGAUGCAUGUGGUGGCGGAGACGGUGGCAGUGGUGAUGAUGGUGGUGGCGGCGAUGGCGGCGGUGGUUGUGGUGGGGGUGGCGGUGGGUGGUGA